ACCUUGGUGCCCAUCACAUCUCCCCCAGACGAUCGUUCCGGAGUGCACCAAUACCCAUCCCAGUUUUUCCUUUCUCCCAUAACCAGUAACGACUCCACAGUGUCGGAAAACGAAGACAACAUCGUAGUAGACGAUAGCCAGAUCGAUGUUGAUGUUGAAGUCACUAGUGAGCACAACCAGGAACCGCUUUCGCCGGCCCUGUCCAUAGACUCAGACAUAACAGACGUCCAGAACUACUCUCAGAAGUCGUUUGUAAACGAGCUGUUUUCGCCGCUUUUGUCGCUUCCACUCGAAAUUCUUUACCGUAUCAUCGAGAUCGUUUACUAUGACAAUCAUUCGUACAACUCCAUCAACCUGAAUCUCGAGACAUUCUCACAAACCGUGCCUCUUUUGCUGAAGAAGUUCCACCAGCUCUCUUUGUGCUUUCUCUACAAGUACGCCAUCUUCAACAGACCCCACUCUUUCGACAAGUUCUUACAUAAUCUCAAGAAGAGUCCCCAGAUCGGCAUGUAUGUAGAGUUUAUGGACUUCCAGCAGUUUACAUCCAUCGGCUUGGGCCGUACGGGGAGAAUGAACCAGGAAAUACAGAUGGUCACUUCUAGAACCAUCUCCAAAGCCCUCAGUUUAACACCUAAUCUCAUGGAAUUCCUAGCCAGCGAAAAUAUCCAGGACGACAUGGACGUCGAGGUCUUGAACCAUCUCUUCAACAGACUCGGCAAAAUCAGAGCGCUCGACUUCUGCGGAGCUAGUAGUGAAAACUUUGUGAAAGCAUUCCAGGAGCUUCCAGCAAGAAACUUGUCGAACCUCACCAAAGUGUCUUUCCACGAUUGCUCUAACUUAACUCCAGACAUUUUCAGCAAAGUGUUGCCGCAUUUGAUCAACUUGAAGAGACUCGACCUCAACCAUACGUCAAUAACAUCGACGAUUUUGCUCAACUACAUGCCUACUUCUAUCCGUCUUACCCAUUUAUCGUUGGCCAGAUGCUCCAAGUUGACCACCAGGGAUCUCAUCAAGUUCAUAACCGUACAUCCAGCUGUUCUGCACAACUCGCUCCAAUGGCUCAAUCUCCAGAUAGAUUCAAACGUAGUCAGUCCACUAACAGACGUCUACUUGUUAUAUACUCUUAAGCAUUUGAACGCACCAGACCUCCGUUACGUUAAUUUAGGAGGAAUGCCUGUUGGCUCUAAGCACCUCCCCAUCAUCAAGCAUAGAUUCCCCAACCUCGAAAGUCUCGCUAUCAGCCACUCCUCCGUAAACCUCACCGAUAUCCAGGAGUACAUGAAGGACAACACACAGGUUAAGUUCUUGGACUUAACGGGAAUCAAACAGUUGACACGUUUCAACCUCCUCCACAUAUUGAAGUCCAAUUUCAAUUCAUCACUUCGUGGCAUAGAGUUCGACUACAAGAUUUUGUACGAUUUGACCAGCAAAGGGGAGUUCAUUAAAGUCACCCCCGUCCAGACCUCUUUCAUUGAAUCUAUCCAAACUCCACAGGUAUGGAAGUUCUACGACAACGAAGGGAGGAGAUCAUGGAUCUAUAAGUUGGCCGAAACCGACUCCGAGUACCGGUCUAUCAUGAACGGCAGAAAACCGUCGGUUUCGGCCCAGUCGAACUUGGUCUACUACGACUUGGAAACGGGAAGCAAGAUUUCUACUGUAGUCAAGAAACCAGAUUUCUUGAAGUUUGCUUCGCGGAAAAUCAACUGUUCCAUCGGCUACUAUAACUUGAACAAGUACAAGUCCAAAAACCACCACGAAGACGUCUGGCCCGUAGAGUUCAGCCAGAGAGGCAUCUACAACUACUACUCUCUUAACCUAAAGUAG